AUGUCCUCUGCAGUGCUGGACAAUGUGCAAACGAGGCCAAUUCCAGGCGCUCUGGAUACUUCCAGUUACAAAGUAGUGCACACUCUUGGAGAAGGUAUAAUUACUUUAAGUUUGCAAUUCAUGCAUAAUUUGCAGGAGCUUUCGGCGAAGUCCAGCUCAUAGUGAAUCAGAACAAUCCGAGCGUGGCGGUGGCGAUGAAAAAGAUCGACGUAUCAGACAAAAACAAGGAGAAAAUUGAUGCUGUUCGGAAGGAAUAUCUUCUCCAGAAGCGCCUGUCUCAGAUAGGACACGACAACGUCAUCAGACUGAUAGGAAUGCGAUUCGACAACAGUUUCUACUACCUGUUUCUAGAGUACGCCGACGGAGGAGAACUCUUCGACAAGAUAGAGCCCGACGUCGGAAUGCCGGCGGCCGUCGCUCAGUUCUACUUCCGCCAACUCAUGAAAGGACUCAAGUUUAUCCACGAAAUAGACGUCAUUCACAGAGAUAUCAAACCGGAAAACCUGCUUCUUACCAGCUCUCGUAAGUCUACUUUUCCCUGUUCUCACAUCAUUGCCCUUCUUAACAGAUGUUCUGAAGAUUUCUGAUUUUGGAAUGGCGACUCUUUACCGUCACGCAGGAGAGGAGCGCUUGCUGGAUAUAAGCUGCGGAACGAUUCCGUACGCGGCUCCAGAAGUGGUCGUGGGACUUGGCCAAAAGUACAGAGGACCGCCCGUCGACGUGUGGUCGGCCGGAGUCACUCUGGUCGCCAUGCUCACUGGAGAGCUUCCAUGGAAAAAGGCAGCCGAGUGAGUUUCUCCCUACGUGGAGUCGACUUCCAUUUAUUCAAUUUCAGAACCGAUGUGACGUAUCUCUGCUGGAUAGACAACUCGAGUCUAGAAGAGGGCCCGUGGCACAAGAUCGACGUCCGCGUUCUUUGUAAUUUUUGUCUUCUCUAAUCUUAUUUUUCAAUUUGGCUAUUGUCAGGCUUGCUCCGAAAGAUGCUAACAAACAAAGUGGAUCGCCGUGCAACCAUCGAUCAAAUCAUGAACGACUCGUGGUACACUCACAAUUACGGCCAGCUAGAGGCCAACACCGGACGUCCGUUGAAGCGUCGUCGCUUCGAAAACGACGAGAAUGUGCGGACUAUGUAAGCCGGAAAAUGUAGGGCUAACCCAAAAACCAACUUGUUUCCAGUGCAUUCACUCAACAGCCCUCUUCUGGUGCAAAACGUCCUCAUCUGGAUACUCCGAACGACAAAAGCAUGCUGGAGAAGCAGAAUGCGUCGUUCUCUCAGCCGACGUGCACUGAGGAUCUUCUGCUCACGCAACACAUCGACAUGUCGCAGAACAAUUCGGUAAGAGAAGCGGAGAAGUUUUUAUUCAACUGUGUUUAUCCUCAGAAUCUGAUGCAAAGGAUGGUUGUGCGUAUGACUCGUUUCUGUGUGAACAUCGGCAUCCGUCCGGCCACUCAGAAGGUGGUCGCCGCCUGCGAGCACGCGAGGUUCUCGGUCCGUUCGAUGGGACCCACUCCUCGUCUCCUCGUCACUUACCAGUCCGUUUCGAUGAUGAUCAACCUGUAUCCAAUGAAAAUGGACAACGCCGAGAAGGCGCUCGUCAUGAUCGAUUUCCGCCGAUCGCGAGGAGACGGAUUGCAGUUCAAGAGAAUGUUCAUGGAAGUGCGCAACCGAAUGACCGAUACCAUAUGUCCCGACGGAAACGAUUGGCUCGCCGACGCCGGAUACACGCCACAGGACCCGAAGUUCGUGCUCGGAGGGACCGAAAAGCACACCGUCUCAACGGUUAUCUAA